UUAAGAAUUUAAGAGUAAAGAUGUCUAGCUCAAGUUGCAACAAGUCUUUCUGCACCCACUACAUGCUUCUUAACCCUAAAGCCGCGGAGUUGGGCGAUGUUGUUAAGAUACUCUUCUCCAGCGACAUCGGGAAGAGGAAAUUCAUCGACUGCUCCAACGGCACCCAGGAGCCGUUGGACCGGCGAUGGAUCAUUUGUUUUUCAAUUUUAUUCCAGAAAUUCUUGCAUGCAAACGCUAAGCCUUUGGCAGACUUUGGCAACGGUGUCGAACAUUGGCUCAAUUUGCUGUCUCGAAACGAAGGCUUUCUCGGUCUCAUCAAUAAUACUUUCAAAGGGAAGGUGAUUCAACCAGAUAAGACAUCGGCAAGUUUUACAUCGUUUAUCGGAAACCUGGACAAACGGUUUGAGUUAGAUCCGGCGAUUGGCUUUGGAGACAAGAGAUACCAUGCCGCACUUUCUGUGAUGGCUUCCAAGGCAGCUUAUGAGAACAACAAUUUCAUCCGUGCUCUUGUCGACGACCGCUGGAAGAUGAAUUUGGUGAACUCGUAUGAUUUCUGGAAUGAUUAUCAGGAAAAAGCCACAACACAAGCUUUCAUAAUGGAUGACAAGAGAGACACAAUUGUUGUAGCCUUUAAAGGAACAGGACCGUUUAACGCGGACGAAUGGUCAUCCGAUGUUGAUCUCUCUUGGUACUAGAUUCCAGGGAUUGGGAAGAUGCACGGAGGAUUCAUGAAGGCUCUCGGAUUGCUGAAAAGCCAAGGCUGGCCGCAGGAACAAGACCCCAAACUCCCUGAAACCGCCUAUUACGCCAUCCGGAAACACCUCAAGAAACUUAUGCAACAAAAUGAAAAGACCAAAUUCAUAGUGACCGGGCACAACUUGGGUGGUGCACUUGCGUUAUUAUUCCCCGCAAUAUUAGGUCUGCAUGGAGAUUCAUUCUUGCUUAACAGGUUGGAGGGUGUCUACACAUUCGGACAACCAAGAGUUGGAGAUGAAGAAUUCGGGAAAUACAUGACUAAAUUGAUCAACAAGUAUACUUUCCGAUAUGUUAGAUUCGUGUACAGUUACGAUGUGGUGCCCAGAUUGCCGUGCGAUAACGACACAUUCAUGUUCAAGCAUUUUGGUGCAUGCAUCUACUUCAACAGCCUCUAUAAAGGAAAAGUUGUAGAUGAAGAGCCAGACAAAAAUUACGUUUCCAUGAUAUGGUGGUAACCAAAAUUAAUUAAUGCAUGUUGGGAGUUGAUUAGAAGUUUCUUGAUAAAGUAUGUGAAAGGGCGGGAAUAUGAGGAAGGAGGUUUGCUUCGAUUGUUUAGGGUGAUCGGAGUAAUGGUUGCUGGAGUGCCGGCGCAUUGCCCUCAAGAUUAUGUCAAUUCUAUGAGGUUGGGACUAUCGGAGAUGCUUCUCUCCUUACACACCCACAAAAUGAUCAGCAUACACUGAUCUUUUCGAACAUAUAUAUUUCAGUCGGGGUGCGUUAUAAUGCUAACUUUUUUUUUAAAUUGUCAACUUCUAACUCAUCAACACAGUGUAUACAACAUGUCAACAUGAUCACAUUAAAAUGUUAACACGAAUGUGUGUUGCCAUUUUAAUACACUAUGUUGACAUUUUAAAUAUCAAUGUCAACACAGUGUAUUAAAAUAUCAACUAAAAAUUUUAUGUUGACAUUUCAAUGUCAUCAUAUUGACAUUUUUAAUACAUUGCAUUGAUGAGUUAGCAAAGUUAGCUAUAUAAGAAAGUUAGCAACAAAUCAGACCUCUAUUUCAAUUUCAAUGUUGUUCUACAACAUGCGAAAUUAUAUUCCAUUUAUGGGUGAUUUUUUGUUUUUAGUGGAUUAUGGAUAUGUGUGUGUUCAUAAGCCUUAGACAGUGUAUUUAAAUUUUUAAGGGAUAUGUGUCUUCAUAAGCUUUCAACUUAUCAAUUUUUCGCAAUGAGAAAAUAAAAAAGUAACAACAAAACGACGUCACUCUAUUAUGACCUGUUUAAAGUUGCAUUACUAGUGAUUAGCCUCACGAUGUUAUAUCUAAUGUCCUAAUGUGUGAUCCAUGGUCUAGAUACUUUGAGAUAAGGUUUACACUAGUUUAAUUAGUGAUCGUCUUACUAAAACUGAACUUGGAUAGACAUAGAAUGCAUUUAAUAUAUUUUCAAAGUAGUCAAUAAAAUCAAGGACUUUGGAUUUCUCAUUUUAUUUUAAGAUGAAGCCAUGGUACGAUAUUCUAGAGCCUUGUUGGAUGUUUCCUUAAGUUAUAUUGAUAGUUAUUUACUUUCAUUUUUAAUUAAGUAUGUAGAUGGAAAGUUAUUAAUCAGUAUUAAUUGACUUUAAUUGAUUUCC